CUGCCUCUCUAAAGCACAUAGGCCAGCAGCCAUCUGUCCGUCAGAGCUGCAGAUUACGAAUGCAACCAGAGAGAGAGAGAGAGAGAGAGAGAGAGCACUACUCUCUUCGCGAAAGCAGGACUGUAGUAGCACGCAUAGGCGGUGCGCUUUAAAGUGGGAAGUUUCGAAAAGGAUUCUGUAUAUAUCAGCACCUCCAUGUCGGCUCUGCUGGAUAUUUACACACCGAUGCUAUGGUUACCUUUAUUACGAUCUUACAGGUGAAUCUAGUGAUGUCCAUGUUGCUGUAUGUGUUGUUCCUAGCUUACCUCUACGGUAUCCAGGCAACGCACAUGGAGCGCCAGCAGCCCCCGCCCACCCAGGACCCCAUCAACUCCCUCAUCAUCCAGCUGCUGCAGGCGGACCUGACCCGCGGCCGGGGGAGGCAGGGUGAGGGCCAGGACAGGCAGGCCCAGGACACAUUGCCACCGUUGGGCCUGCUCGCCAUUGACACCCCGCUGGACGACAGUAGAUUCCUGGAGAGGCGCAGCUCGCUGUACCAGCCCAGGUCGUCUGACCUGCUGGAGCAGCAGAAACACUACAACUCUCCCCGGGUCCUGCUGAGUGAGCGGGCGCCCCUGCAGCCUCCUCCGCUCUACUCUAUAGAUGACUACGUGGGCAGCUCUGACAGAACCAACAAGACCCGCAGGAAGAGAUACGCUGAACACAAGAGUUACCGCGGGGAGUACUCCGUCUGUGACAGCCAAUCACAGUGGGUGACAGACAAGACGAAUGCGGUGGACAUCAGGGGUCGUCAGGUCACCGUCCUGGAUCAGAUAAAGAUGGGCACCGCUGAAAGCAACUUUGUGAAGCAGUACUUCUAUGAGACCAAGUGUCGGACUGCCAAACCUUUUAAGAGCGGCUGUCGCGGCAUCGAUGACAAACACUGGAACUCGCAGUGUAAGACCUCUCAGACGUACGUCAGAGCUCUGACGCAGGACCGUACCUCUGUGGGCUGGCGCUGGAUACGGAUAGACACUUCCUGUGUCUGUGCGUUGUCACGGAAACACCGCAGGACGUAAACACACAACCCGACCAUAGACAUUAUGGAAUAUAUUUCCUUAUUGUGAAGGGGGGCUGUACAUAUAAAUUAUUAUUUAAGUUAUGUGAAAUACAUGUCGUUUCUACAUGGCUAUAUAUGAUAUAUAAAUAUAAUUGUUAUUUAUUGAAGUCAUCAUCAAAGGAAAAAAUAAAAUAAAAAAUUAACCAAGAACUCCUAACAUGCGGCUCCACAGCCACCACACAGCCUAGCAUCUUCAGACUCAGACCAUGGAGCUGGACAGUACAGCCUAGCAUCUUCAGACUCAGACCAUGGAGCUGGACAGUACAGCCUAGCAUCUUCAGACUCAGACCAUGGGGCUGGACAGUACAGCCUAGCAUGGAGAGACUCUACCAUGGGGCUGGACAGUACAGCCUAGCAUCUUCAGACUCAGACCAUGGGGCUGGACAGUACAGCCUAGCAUGGAGAGACUCUACCAUGGGGCUGGACAGUACAGCCUAGUGUGGAGAGACUCUACCAUUGGGCUGGACAGUACAGCCUAGCAUCUUCAGACUCAGACCAUUGGGCUGGACAGUACAGCCUAGCAUGGAGAGACUCUACCAUGGGGCUGGACAGUACAGCCUAGCAUGGAGAGACUCUAUCAUUGCGCUGGACAGUACAGCCUAGCAUCUUCAGACUCAGACCAUGGAUCUGGACUGUACAGCCUAGUGUGGAGAGACUCUACCAUGGGGCUGGACAGUACAGCCUAGCAUCUUCAGACUCAGACCAUGGAGCUGGACAGUACAGCCUAGCAUCUUCAGACUCAGACCAUGGAGCUGGACAGUACAGCCUAGCAUCUUCAGACUCAGACCAUGGAGCUGGACAGUACAGCCUGCAUGGAGAGACUCUACCAUGGGGCUGGACAGUACAGCCUAGUAUGGAGAGACUCUAUCAUUGCGCUGGACAGUACAGCCUAGCAUGGAGAGACUCUACUAUGGGGCUGGACAGUACAGCCUAGUGUGGAGAGACUCUACCAUGGGGCUGGACAGUACAGCCUGCAUGGAGAGACUCUACCACUGGGCUGGACAGUACAGCCUAGCAUGGAGAGACUCUACCAUUGCGCUGGACAGUACAGCCUAGCAUGGAGAGACUCUACCAUGGGGCUGGACAGUACAGCCUAGUGUGGAGAGACUCUACCAUGGGGCUGGACAGUACAGCCUGCAUGGAGAGACUCUACCAUGGGGCUGGACAGUACAGCCUAGCAUGGAGAGACUCUACCAUUGCGCUGGACAGUACAGCCUAGUGUGGAGAGACUCUACCAUGGGGCUGGACAGUACAGCCUAGUAUGGAGAGACUCUACCAUUGGGCUGGACAGUACGGCCUAGUAUGGAGAGACUCUACCAUUGGGCUGGACAGUACAGCCUAGCAUCUUCAGACUCAGACCAUGGAUCUGGACAGUACAGCCUAGCAUGGAGAGACUCUACCAUGGGGCUGGACAGUACAGCCUAGCAUGGAGAGACUCUACCAUUGGGCUGGACAGUACAGCCUAGCAUCUUCAGACUCAGACCAUGGAUCUGGACUGUACAGCCUAGCAUGGAGAGACUCUACCAUGAGGCUGGACAGUACAGCCUAGCAUGGAGAGACUCUACCAUGAGGCUGGACAGUACAGCCUAUUGUGGAGAGACUCUACCAUUGGGCUGGACAGUACAGCCUAUUGUGGAGAGACUCUACCAUUGGGCUGGACAGUACAGCCUAGUAUGAAGGGACAACGUGCCUUGUUGAUAUACCUAGGGCAGCAGAUGAAAAAUAAGAUCACUAGGGGAUAUGACAUCACCAGGUGUGGAGUAGGGGAUCUACACUGUCAUUCAGCUCAUUCUAUGACAUCACUGCUCUGACUGUUGAAAACAGAAAUCUGGUCCAAAUGUUAUUGUGGACUAAAUAUGUACUGUCUGGAUGUAUGGACAAACCACUGUCUGGAUGUAUGGACAAACCACGAACAUGUACGGGUAUUCGACAGACCUGCUGACAUACGACAGACCUGCUGACAUACGACAGACCUGCUGACAUACGACAGACCAGACAUGUUUGGGUUUUCCAUGAUGUAGUAACUAAAGGUUUUGCUGUAUCAUCCAGGCUCAAUACCUGAGGUCUGAUAUGGUACUUUGUUACCAGGCCUCUGGCCUGGAAGAGCUCUGGCUGUAGGGAGGCUGGGCAGUAUGUAUAGAGCACAUGGAGCAGGUCUGUCUGGCCUCAUUAGGUCAUGUUCCGCUAAUGUUAUCAGGACCAAAGCCUCUCAGCCCCCUCCUCUCCCUGUUAAUCUGGUCCUGUCUGACCGUCUCCAACCUCUAACCCGAAACCCAACGUCUAAGCCUAAAGCCACCUCCACUCUCUAAGCCUAAAGCCACCUCCACUCUCUAAGCCUAAAGCCACCUCCACUCUCUAAGCCUAAAGCCACCUCCACUCUUUAAUCCUAAAGCCACCUCCACUCUCUAAGCCUAAAGCCACCUCCACUCUCUAAGCCUAAAGCCACCUCCACUCUUUAAUCCUAAAGCCACCUCCACUCUCUAAUCCUAAAGCCACCUCCACUCUCUAAGCCUAAAGCCACCUCCACUCUCUAAGCCUAAAGCCACCUCCACUCUCUAAGCCCUAAAGUCACCUCCACUCUCUAAGCCUAAAGCCACCUCCACUCUCUAAGCCUAAAGCCACCUCCACUCUCUAAGCCUAAAGCCACCUCCACUCUCUAAGCCUAAAGCCACCUCCACUCUCUAAGCCUAAAGCCACCUCCACUCUCUAAGCCUAAAGCCACCUCCACUCUCUAAGCAUAAAGCCACCUCCACUCUCUAAGCCUAAAGCCAUCUCCACUCUCUAAGCCUAAAGCCACCUCCACUCUCUAAGCCUAAAGCCACCUCCACUCUCUAAGCCUAAAGCCACCUCCACUCUCUAAGCCUAAAGCCACCUCCACUCUCUAAGCUUAAAGCCAACUUCUAACCCUGGUGAAUGCUCACCUCUAUGUUUGGUGAUACCCCGCCCUGAGAACAGUGGAACAGUAUGAUAGACCCUAGUAGAACCUGGUAGAACCUGGUAGAAUCUCAGAACCUGGUAGAAUCUAGUAGAACCCGAGUGAACCCAGUAGAACCUGAUAGAGCUCUGUGAUGUCCAGGGCAAGCAGCAGGUAGGUUGAGGUGUUGAGGCAGGUUAGCAGGUAGGUAGCAGGUAUCAGGCUCACAUCAGGCUGUGCCAUAGCUAAUGACAUGGUGUCUUAGGGAGUGGAAAGCUGCCUAAGGAUAUGUUCAUAUGUGCAGAGCUAGGAUUGAAACCCCUAAGCUACCCUGUAAGAUGCUUUACGACAGGCCAAUCCCAGCUUCAGAUCACUGUCUGUCGGGUGGGCUUUUACCUAAAUCAUGCAUUGAUGUCAUUUGUAAGUCUGGAGGACAGAGUUGUGUGUUGCGUAAGACCUCAGACUUCCUGUCGGGUACGAGGUCAGACAGCAAUGCCAGAGAGCUAUUCAUAAGACUUCCAGGUCAGAGGUUAGAGUUUAGAGGUCAGUUGGUUCAGGCUCAGACACUAAAUCUGACACCUGUCUAUCAAACAAACAACCCAGACCCCUAACCCUACCUCACUAACCCUGACCCCUAACCCUACCUCAGUAACCCUACCUAACCCUGACCCCUAACCCUACCUCACUAACCCUACCUC